AUGGUGCUGGGAUGGUCAGCCCCCGCGCUCGAGAUGCUGAAGGCGGAAGCCAUGUACACGGACGAAGAGCUGUCGUGGGUGGCGGGCAUUCCGCCGCUGGGGUCGCUGGUGUCGAUGAUGCUGAUGGCGCUGACGCUGGACCGGUUCGGCCGCAAGGCGGUGAUGCUGGCGCUGGUGCCGCCGUUCGUGCUGGGCUGGCUGCUGCUCGCCUUCUUCCGCAGCAUCCCGCUGCUGCUGGCCGGCCGCUUCAUCACCGGCUUCUGCGGCGCCGGCUACUGCACCGCCGCGCCCGUCUACACGGGCGAGAUCGCCGAGAAGCAGAUACGCGGCGCGCUCGGCGUCUUUUACCAGCUGAUGCUCACCCUCGGCUUCCUGUUGGCCUAUUUUGUGGGUAAGUUGACCGGCCUGCGGGUGCUGUCGCUGCUGUGCGGCAUCGUUCCUCUCGUGUUCUUCGUGGCGUUCUUCGCGAUGCCCGAGUCGCCGGUGUACCUGCUGGACCGCGAGAGGCGCGAGGACGCGGUCAAGGCGCUGCAGUGGCUGCGGGGGCCCGCCACCGACAUCUCGCAGGAGCUCGCCAGCAUGGACGAGUUGAUCGCUGACUCGCGGCGACAUAAGGACAGUAUCAAGGAGAAGAUGGGGAAAAAAUCGACCAGGAGGGCACUGAUGAUCGGGCUGGGCCUAAUGUUCGCCCAGCAGCUGACUGGAGUCAGCAUCAUCUCCUUCCAUUCGAAAGCCAUCUUCACGGCCGCCGGCGACACAACAGACUCGACUAUCUGCUUCAGUGUCAUGGGCAUCAUGCAGGUCUUGGCCGUGAUGAUGGCGAUAGCCCUCGUGGACCGAGUAGGUCGGCGGCAGCUGAUGAAGAUCUCGCUCAUGGGGGUGGUAUUCUGCCUCGUCGCUCUCGGACUCUUCUUCUUCAUGAAGGACCUCGAUGCGACGUCGGUGCUUUACUUUGAGUGGCUGCCGCUGCUCAUCUUAUCCGUAUAUCUGUAUCUGUUCACACUUGGUGCAGGACCUUUGCCUUGGGCUAUGAUGGGUGAACUCUUCCCAGCGCACGUGAAAGGCGUCUGCAGCAGUAUCUGCGGCGCCUCCAGCUUUGUUCUCGCUUAUAUUACAUGCGAGACGUUCGCUCAUCUAAUGGGUGUCCUCACAUUGGCUGGAACUUUCUGGUUGUAUGCGGGACUUUGUUUCCUGUCUGCAGUAUGGCUUUUCUUCUUCCUCGCCGAAACAAAGGGAAAAAGCUUGGAAGAAAUACAACAUAUACUUAGUAUACGAUUAAACAGUUGA